AUGGAAAACAACAAAGACCUCCUCGCGAAAGCGCACGAGUACUCGUCCAACAACGUCGACCUCUACCAGCUGCUGCAGAUCGACACCACAACAACAGAAGAGAAGGACAUCCGCCGCGCGUGGCGCAAACAGUCGCUCAACUACCACCCGGACAAGCUCAAAGACGCUUUCGACCCGGAGAAAUGGGAGCUCAUCGAGACGGCCCGCGACAUCCUCCUCGACGCCGCGGCCCGCGCCGCCUAUGACAACGCCCGCAAGGCCGUGCUGCUGCGCAAGGCCGAGCGCGAUCGCGUCCAGGGACAGCGCAAGCGCCUGAUUGACGAGCUCGAGGCUGCCGAGCAGGAGGGGAAGAGACAGAAGCUCGCCGAAGAGGAGCGCGCCCGCGAACUCGAACGCGAACGGGCCCGGCUCGCUGAGGAGGGGCGCCGGCGCAUGGCAGAGGAGGCCGAGCGAUUCAAGAGAGAAAACCUCGAGCGGUUGGAGAGGGAGAGGGAACCCGACGAGUAUGACGAAAAGCUGGCCGAGCUGCAAAGACGGCUCGACGAGAAGAAGCGGCUCAAGGCCGAGAAGAAGGCCAGGAAGAAGGGCGGCGGGGUCGACGCCGCCGAUGCCGCGGCCGCACCAAACACGUCGAGCACCUCUGUCCCGGCGUCGGCACCGGCCCCGAAGGCACCGGUCAAAUGGGAGGACCUCAAAGCUCGUAUGAGCGCCGCACAACGACUCAAGGAAGCCAAGAAAGCCGCCGAGGCCGGGCUGGCGACGGAAGACGAGGUCAAGCAAAGAUACGAGGCACUCAAGGCCCUGGAUCCGAAUCGCGCGGACUGA